GAAGAUUCAGUCUCCACUAGUCCGAACGCUGAUCUUGACUUGUGCUUUAGGAUAUAUAUGUAAAUGUAUAUAUUUUGUCUUAUUUUUGUGACCAUAGUAAAUACCUGCCUUAAAGAAGAAGCAAAAUCAUUGGAAGAGGAUCAAAUGCAGAAAGAUUUAAUGCGAGAAGGAGUGCAGAAGGUAAAAAAAUACACCACCGCCACCAAAACGUUACCGAACUUACAACACCGUGCACUACUUGAUACCAGAAAGCAUUCGGGAAAGCAGAAUCCAGAAGACAACCUUGUGAUUUGGUUUUAAAAGUAAUAACAGUGAUCCCAGAUAUGCAAGUGUUGAUCGAUCCCCAAGAAAGAUAAACUGAUCCUAUAGCCUUUGCAACAAAAAGUCAGCGAGCAUGUGAAAACAGUCGUGGAUAAUAUGGGAAAGGAGUAAGAAAGAUAGGAAGGAAGAAAGAAGGAAAAAUAUAAAGAGGGAAAGCAAGCAAAAAAGAAGGAGGGAAAGGAAGACAGGGAAAGAGAGGGUACCGAAGGAAGGGAGAAAAAAAAAAAAAAAAAACGUGAACGUAUGGAAUGUAAGAACAAUAAGGACAAAUAUCAACCACUGAACAGCGUACGCGAGUGAAUGUCAAAAUCUCAAUAAGAACAAGAAUUACCCUGUGUUCUCCCCGCCGUAUUGGUGCAAGACACUUUGAUAACUUAAUUUGCAAAGGCAUUAAAGGAAAUUAACUGGCUGCUUUAACGGAUAAGUAAAUAGAUUUAUCUUGACAAUGUCUAUGAAUGUAGGAGACAGCACAGACCUCAUCAAUGGAGGUCUCAUCUGCAGAGGCGGCGGAAUCGCGGUGUUCUGGCGCUCCAGGACGGGCUUCGAGAGGAAGCUGCUGGCGGUGUUGGCGGUCCUGACGCUCGCCGUGAUCGGGCUGGUCGUGGCGGUUGCGGUCUUGGCCUCGGAAGAAGCCAAGUGCAAGUCCUCCCAAGCCGACGUCCUUACGACAGAAACAAGACUGACGGCAAAGUUUUCAUCUCUUGGAAGUAACGACGAACUUCCUGAAACCACCACUCCGUCAGUUAAGUCUGCCAUGGAAGAUGUGCGUUGGCGUAGAUCGUAACUGGUUGAAGAAUUUGAGUUGUUAUUGGUCAAGGUAAAGGUAUAACAGUCAUGUUGGGUGGAUAAUGAUGGUCAUGAAUGUAAUGCUUAUGAUGAGAUAAAAGGAUGAAGAUAACCGUGAUAAUAGUUAUAAGAAAAAAUAAUAGAUUUUGGUAAUGAUGUCAAUAAGAAGAGAGUUAAAGAUGCUAUGAUAUGAUUAUAAGAAAAUAUGUUACUAAUAACAAUAUUAAUGAUAAGGUAAUGAUAACUGUAGUCAUACUAAUAGUGAUGGUAAUAAUUACAAAAUUAUUAUACUUGACAGAUUGGUGAUGAUGGGCCGAAUUAUCUGAACCAAAAGUUACAAAGUCCGACUUUGUCUAACAUAUCAAAAUAAAUUUAUAAAUAAAUAGACAUGUCCAACAUGCUUGAAUGACCAACCUGCCAAAUGCAUCUUCGCUUCACCAAAACUAUGAUGAUAACAAUGGCGACAGAAUACUUUUAUUGUCACUGCUUUUGCAUUAUUUUCCGAUUUUACUUCUGCUGUUUCCACUAUCACGACUAAUGUAAUGACAGUGCCAACCUGUGCAAUAUUUCAUGUUUUUUUCUCAGUACAUUUUUUUUAAUGAUUAAGUAAUGACAGUAUUUAAAGAUAUUCGAAAGAAGAAACCAAGGAAAAAAAACGAAUAUUUGCAUUUAAUAUUUAUUCUUUAAUAUCUAAAUUCAUAUGCCACACGUAUAUAUUGGCUGUUGACAGAGUGGAAAAAACUUCUAUUAUUACUACUAUUAUUAUUGCCUUUAUCAUUAUGGAUAUUAUCAUCUUUGUUGUUAUUGUUACUUGUAGUAGUAGCUGUUGUGUUACUUUUAUUAUUAUUGUAAUUAUAAAAUCAUUAUUAUCACAUAAUCUAUCAUAGGGUUAUCAUACUUCUUCGCUAUUGUGAGAAAAAGUAUCUUUCAAUCUUUAUUAUGUAACAGAUGCUGCGGUCUAUUUUUUUGUGAACAACCAAUGAUAUUAAUUUUCUGUUAAACAAAUAAAUAAAUAAAAUGGAAAUUCAAAUCUAAACAUAA